GUCCAAGAAAUUGGAAGAGAAAAGACUCGGAGGUAGGAAAAUCCCUAGACGAUGAAAUCAGUUCAGUAAGAAUGGGAUUGUGAUUGGUCGAGAAAUUGUAUAAAGGUUAUGGUGAGAGACGAAUAAAGAGAAAGAUAACAAACGAGAAGAGACAGCAGCGCCACAAUUCCCUGUUAAACAAGAAACGUCAACCAUUCCCUGUUCUUCGGUUCGGUGUCUGGAUUGCCGUUCGCUAUCCAAAUAUCCAGGCUAGUACGGUCAAGUUGUAUAUGUGUAUGUGCGCGCAGGUGUCUCCCUCGCUCUUGAUUCUCGUUGUUGGGUUAUACGUAGUAGAGUAUUGCGUGUACAUAGGUGAACGGUGGCACGUGUAUGCAUGUGUUGGAGGUAUACACGCGUGUGCGUUUCCCGUUUCGCGAUUCGCGUAUCCCGAAAAGAUGGCCGCCAUGAAAGCGUACGGUUGUGAUGUUGACGUCGUUCACAGCAAGGCCGCGUCACGUCCUCGAAAAGCGUGAAAAGAAGGUGAUUAUUCGAAUGCUUCCACGACUCUCAUGGUGCUCUCUAACGAGAACGCGGUAUAGCGAGAAAGUAGUUGAUAAUUCGAAACGCGAGUGCGGUGUUCGUAGGAUCCCUCUCGCAGUGUUCGACGAAAACGACGAACAGAAGAGAGGAGAAAGAAGAGAGGGAGGACGAGCGAGGAACGUGCCCUGUAAGGGGUUGAAAGGGAUCGUAUGUGACAGAGAGAGGAGUGGACGAAUAGCCUGUCGAAGAGCGGAGGUAAGAAGAAAGGAAAGAAGAAAAAUAGGAAAGCGCGUGGAGAAUACAACAGGGUGAUACACGAAAGUUAGUGAUAGCUAGAGAAUCGCGGGUGGUUUAUGGUGUCGCGAGUGAAACAAAUGCGUGCGCGUCGUACGCGAACAAGCCUCUCUCUUGCCAACGAUAUCCCGGUCAACCUGUUUUUCGCAUUUCCUUCGGGCUGCCUUUUACGUGUGACUCGAAACAUUGUGUCAACGAGGGACGGCCAUAUUAAUCCGUAGCCCCCGCCGUCACACACAUAUUCCAACAAUCUUAACUCCUCGAGGUGGUGCCUCUAGUUUUACGAUAUUCGUUACAUUUUUAGUGCGUAUCCUAUGUUGCGACCAAUUCUCUCUUAACCGUGUCGUGUCGUAUCGUGCUGUGCUGUUCCGUGUAGUGUCUUGUCGUGUCGUGUUGUAUCGUAUCGUAUCGUGUCGUGCCUUGCCUUGUAGCACCGUACCGUACCGUACGUAUCGUGUCGUGAUUUCUCGACUACUUGGAUAUACGCGUAAGAUAAUGUCCAGAUUUUCGCCGGAUGACGGUGCGUGCACCUAGUGCAUGGACGGUGGUACUAGUGCGUACGAGGAAUAUAAACGACCGCCACUACGUGAGUUCUAUGCCACCCGAUGUUCAUGUAUCGUUCCGAAACAACUCACCGGUUCUCCACCACUGUGUCUAUCCAGUUUACCAGCAGUACCACCCUUCCUAAAUUCUCUACUAUCCGCAGAAUGGUAGUGGUACAGCAGGCGCUGGAAUUCGGUUGGUAGUGGCGCGUCCCGACUGUGGAGACCACCUGGUGAGAGGAGCAGGAGAAAACCCGGGAUAGCCGGGUGAAGCGAGAAAGAAAAGGAGGCGGAGGUGGUGGCGGUGGAGGAGGAGGAGGAGGAGGAGGAUAGAGAAACAACUUCGCGGAGGGGACUAACAGUGACCAAACGGAAGAAAGAGAGGAAGAAAGUAGGCAGCGGGAAGGGAAAGGGAAAAGGAGAAGAAAGAGAUAGAAGGCUCGGUCUCGUGGAAGGACAUCGUCCACGGAUCUUCCGGUAAUUCAGGAUAUCGAAACUUGAAGCUGCGAAGGUCGCUGAUGUCCGCUACGAGCCCUGCCCCUACCCCUGCCAGCUCAGCGUCAUCCUCAGCUCAGAGCGGAGGAAGAAGGUCCUCGCUACCAUCGACGCGGAGGAAAAUCCCGUCGCUCGUUAGCCUAGGCCUUGAUCGAAGAAGAAGGGAGAUCUUUUACCAGUGUCUCGACGACCACCACGCGUUCUCACGACCGAAACUUCAGUAUCGCUGCUGCUGUAUCGCCGAUCAGCACGACCACCCCUCUGAAUGUCUUCGCACAUCCAAAAGUCGUGCGUGGUGAGGACACAGGGGCUUGAAGCGACAUUGAGUGACAGCAAAAAGAAGUACGGCGACAAGGUGAAUGCACUUCUGUCCGCCUGGGAGCAUGUCACCAAUUUCAUUCCUGGGGCAACGCCAGAGGCCACCCAGUCUCUCAUAGAAUGGGCUCACAAACACACGUUGAAAUUGGUACUGCGCGGGGAGUGGCCGAAGUUGUCACCCGCGACGAAGACGCACCUCAGUGUAACGUUACAGAGGUGCGCGUCACACCUGGUGCAACACCCCGCUGCACCCAGGUGCACUGCCCUGAUAGCUCUGGUGCACAAUCCAUGGACUCAUCCCGCUCUCGACAGCAUACUUAACGGCCAACCGGAUUCCGAACAUGAAGAGGAGUUCUGCUGUUCGGAGAAAGGUGAAUUGCUGACAAUGAGGCUGAAAAUACUUUGCGAGGACCGCUGCGAGGACAUAGCGGUAAAACUCGCCGCUGCUUGCGUACGUUCUCUGCGACGGAGCGAUCGGUUGCGCUCACUCUCGGAUUCUCAUCACGUUCAUUACAUGAUCGACGUCUAUAUCGUCCUCUUGUAUAAAUUGAAACGCACGCAAGAUAUAUUCGCUCAACUAAAAUUAAUGGACCUCAGCGACGGAUUGGAAUUGGUCCAACGUCUCAGUGGUGAAAGACCGACAAAGUAUGGAACUGCACGCGUUUGGAGAAAUUCGAUAAAAGCUGCCGAAUUGGUUGCACAAUAUCUCGUUACAGCUGGUAUGGUACGCCCUGUGCCAGAAACGGGCGCAAACGUUUUGGAACAAAUUCUAAACUCCUGGGCAUUGUUGCAUUCGAAAUUAAAAGACGUAGCACCUACGUUGCCGGGGAUGAUAAGGAAAUUAAUCGAACCCGCUGAGAGUGCUCAGCACAUUUAUAUCUUUUGCGCGGUACUUGUUAAGCAUUUUGGCGAUAGCAUAAAGCCCGUGGUAAUCGAAUUGUAUAUCAGGGCGUUGACCACGGAUAUGAACGAAUUGGAGAGUCAAAAAGCUAAAUCCGAUACGGAGAAGGUUCGCGAGACUGCGAAGCGUUUGAGCAUGCAAUUCCUCAAGUUAGCCGAUGUCGUUGGUAGCAAUAUCGGUAUUGCCCGAGAGUGCGUGUUGACAGCGUUUUCUCUGCAUCCUACCAGGGCUUGUUACGAUAGGAUCAAGGAAAUCGCUGUUGCGUGCGGAAAAACGAAAGAGGAUGGAACCUCCAGUGAUAAUGUCGCCGGCAGCGAGAAACUAAACCACAUCCUUGAGAAUAAUCAUUCUAACAUAGGAUUAAAAAAGAUCGAUAGCAAUACCGGAGAAAAGAACGGAACGAAAGUGGCGAAUACGGAUUCAUCUUCGUCUUUAUGCAACUCUCCGUUAUUUCCAGUGUCGCCGUCGUUGUCCAGUUCGAUCGCGGGUAUAACAACACCAACGAAAAAGAAUAUCGACUUCCAAAACGGACAAGUAACAAAGAACUUUGAGCGAACUGACCAACUAUUAAAGAGCCUUUUAACUCUGAAAAAGGGAGAUACGACGAACUCGGCAAGCGACAGGUGUCCUUUGCAUCCAAAGAGGGAUUCGUUAUCCAAUGGUCCACUCGGAGAGCUUUGCUUCAAUUGCGGAGAGUUUAUUGGGAACGAUAUCUCGAGAAGUAAGACUCCAGAAUCGAACAAUACGAACUCCAGAAACGUGGAGAGAACGCUCGAUGCUUUAAUUCUGAUCAAAGGCGAUGCCGUCACGGGUUCUGCGAAUUACGACGAAAAAUCCGUGCCAAAUCAAGUGCUAGACGCGGAAAAACUCGGUCUGUCGCCGCAGCUUUGCGACGACUUGGCCGUGGUUUUGAGCAGUCCUCGUUACCACAUGCUUAGCUGGGUUUUGGAUUGGAAGGAGCUGAAAAGUCUGUGCGAGAGAUACUUGGAGAAUGCCGAGGAGAUGAGAAAUACCAACAAGGAGCUGAAAUACCUCAAUAUCGAUUAUUCGCAGUUUAAAGAUUGGCCCUCGGAAGAUGAUACCAAGGAUAUCUUCUUUGGGAUUGAAAAGGGAUACGAACAAUGGGUGGAUUUACCUUCGGAUGGCUCGGAACAGUUUGGUAGCUUCCAGCCUGCUGGUAACUUCAAGAGGUCGUCGACGAGAAGAAGCCUCGACGACGCCACCACUACCGAUUCGGAUAGCGGAAGUGUAUUACGAGUAAGGAGAACAGGGAGACAGAGAAAAAUUCAUAGAUUAGAAUCUUCCGAAAGCGACUAUGACAGCACGGAGCGUAAACCGAAACAUUUUAGGAAUAGGAUCAGCUCGAUCUCUGAUACCGACAGUAACACGCAAGACAGUCAAACAGACAGCUUCGGCAGCGAUGGAUGCCGACUGGAGGUAAAGAAAAAGUCGAACAAAUCGUCCAACAAGGAGUCGAAUAAGAAACGUUCAAAAGCUUCAAAAUUAACUGUCGAUUCCGUCUCUCAUUUUCAUAUGAUCGUUAAUGAAAACGUUCGACAUACGAACACGAACGAAGACGCGAGCGGUUCCGACGUAAGUGGCAACGAUAUUAUAACUUUAUUUUCCGCCGAUAUGGAUGAAAGCAAACGUGAAACGAUAAAAGGUUCGACAUACACAGCAACCGCGCCAUUAAUACUUACAGAGAGAAGGAGCGACCCAGCGGUACUUAAAUCUUUGAGGAUGUUCAGGCCGCAAAAUUCGAAGAAAUCUGCCAGGAUUUCUCAGAUACUGCACAAGAAUCUUCUAAAUAAGAGUAAAGACAAUAAUAACUUAGAGAAUAAUACGAACAGUAUAACGAAAUUUGCUCCGAUGCUUAGCACGCUCAACCUGAACCCGAAGAUUGUAUUAACCAGAGCAGACGAGAUCGACGACAGACUGAUACGAUCGAAAAAGCAGCAACGAUUGAGCAGCGGCGAUAUUACGAGCGAACUGAUGAACAUUCAGAAGAAUAUGCCGUUCUCUCCGAACAAAAACGCGUUAUCCCCGUAUCAGAAACAAAAAGGAAAUGGAGCAGCCAUCACCGGUAAAACGGACUUAUCUCCUACCGGUGGACGGGACUUAAAUUCUAAAUCGAAUUUGGGCAAAAGAAAGUUUGAUAUUCUUGCGAAGGUUGUCAGGGAUUCGGAUAUCUUGGCAAAAAAUGUACCGGGUCUAAAUACAUUGGAUAUGAUGGUACCGCCAAGAAUGCGACCCACCGUAAACGUCGUGCAACUUUCAAGAAACAUUCCACAGAGUCCGAAUUCGGGCUCUAUCAACAGCGGAAAUACUCCCCCGCGGCCAAACAGAACUCCGAGCGUUGCUGGAAAUAUUCAAUUGCCCGGUACACCCUCUUCCGGGGGGCACGAUAGUGGCGUUGGCAUGAGUCCGGCUGGUCAAACCCCUCCUCCGAGAUCGUCGAUUCUUCCCGAUGUCGGAGAAGAAACGAAUCAACUACCCGAUAGUUCACCAACCUCCUCUACGACUACGAACGUUUCCGGUCAACUCGAGCCUGACUCGAGUCCUAGAACGGUGCCUAUUCGACGAAAUCAACAGAGUCAGUCGCCCAAGAAAUCUCCGUCUCCUUGUUCCACGGUCACAACCACCACGACGACGAGCUCGGUAGUCGCCUCGACGACCAUCGCAUCGGAGCAGCUACAAAUCGUUUGUAAACCAGACGGUACAUACCAGUUGGCCUCUGUAAAUCCGAACGUAGUGUCUAAUCAGAGGAAUGUACUCAAUCUGCAGAACAUCGACGAUGGGAACGUUGGUACUUUUUCGCGGCAAAACCAAAGAGCCGAAAACGCAAACGCGAACAGGAGUACGUACGAGAGAUUAACGUCUGCGAAAGUGACGGCGCAGUCUGGACAAAACACCGGUUUGCCCAAAUUUCAGCAAGCUUUCGGCAAAACUAUAUAUACGCUUUCCACGGACACGUCGACGGGCGGCGGCGUAACCGGCGCCUCGUCGGAAACGCACGUACAGACGGCGUCCCCGCAAAAGACGGCAAACCUAUCGAAAGCAGUACAAACAUCCGUACCUAAUGCACAACAAACGAACGCGUCUACAGGUAUAAACGUACAGUCCAUUGCAAACAUUCCAAACACGUUACAAUUAUCCACUAGCAGACAAAUCUUGAAUAUCGUCCAAAGCUCUGGAAAUAACGCAAACGUAGCGUCUAGUCCGAAUACGAAUCAAACGUUGACGCAGCUGGUACAAAGCGUUCAGAAUGCUUCGCCGGGUGUGAUAUACACGCACAAAAUUCCUGUUACUAUAUCCACCACAAAUCCGAGUCAACUGAACAUCAUACCGACUAUAUCGCAUUCGAAUUCGAUACCACCUGGAAGAACACCGGUGGUCAAGUUGAACAUCAUUCGUGCUCCUUUGAGGCAACCAAACAUUACCGGAGCUAUUCAAGCAGUUUUGACCACGCCAAGAUUACAACAACAGCAGCAGCAGCAGCAGCAGCAACAACAACAACAGCAGCAGCAGCAGCAACAACAACAACAGCAGCCACCGCCACAGCAACAACAACCGACAGUUAGGACAGACAGUUUGCUUGGUUCUCCUAUAGAGGUACCGAAUCAAGUCAGUUCAACCACUUUGGAACAAUUGAGAGAAUUCGAAAGCGUCCUGGAGCAAGUGAAAGAGAGGAGUACGAUUCAACCACAGUCUCAUCAGACGAUAUCCACCGCAGCCACUACCACCGUACAAACGCAAACCACUACGCAACAAACGCAAGCUACCAAACCACAGCAAGUUUCUGUGAGCGCUCUCACUCAACAGCUUUUAAUGCCGACGCAGCAAACCACCAACAACGAUUUCGCGAGCAACGGCAACACGGUAAAUUUUCAGCAGGACGUUUUCUCUCAGAAAGUUUCUCUAACUUACGUAAAUCAAAACGCAAGCGCCGUUGCCACGAAAACCCCAAAUUCGACCCCGGUCGUUGUUGUGACCAGCUACUGUCAACCGGCUGCUUCGCCCGCUCUCAGUGUCACUUCGCAAAGUUCUUCCAGCCCGUGCGUCACCCCGGCUCCGACGCCUGCACCAUCCGCUGGGAAAACGCCUCCCACUCCACCUUCGUCGAAAACGGUGAAAAAAACGGCGCCCAAGACGGUGAAAACCAGCGCGACAAACACGUCGAAGGCUUCACCAAUACCGAAGCCGCAACAAAAGCCACAGGAAGACGAACAGACCGCUCAAAGGAUCUACGCUAUAUUAGACGAAUAUGCAGAACAAUUACGAAAUUCUCCUGAUCUGAACAACAAACCCGCGCCGAGGAGAAGAUCAAAUCCACCAACGAAUCCGAGUCAAUCUUCGAAGAGGAAAAAGUCGAAUGCGAGCAAAACGAAGCCUGGCGGUCAACAGAGUUCGGAACUUAGCCCGAGUACAGACGAUCUCGGAAGAACAAUGGGCAGCGAGGAUUCUUCGAGCGGCGUUGUUCACGUGCAAGACAGUCCUGCUGGUUUCUCCGCUCCGGAGGAACCGUCCAGUAACGUUGCAAGCGUGACGGAUGCCACUGCCGAAAUUAGGAACCUGACGAACGACUCGAACGACAGUGUGGAAUUAAACGUUAAAAGGCGAAAUCUGAUUUUCGCGGAACCUGGUUCCGGACAGUCGAGGGCGGUGAUCGUUCAGGAAGCUGUGCAGACUGGCUCCGUUAGCGUCAGCGAAGCUCUAGCUUCGGUAACGGGAAAGAUGGGAAGCACAGCUGUCUUGGUCCCUGGACCUAAUUACAUAUUACCGAUGAACCUAGUGAAAGGUCAGCAAUUCACGAUAGUAUCCAGCGGAUCGAAGCUUCUUGCAACGGUGCCCGCAACCGUACGAGCUACUGGAAACACCGGUGUAUCGAAUACUCUCGUGCUUCAAUCGUUCCUGAACCAAGCAGGGAAAAUAAUUUCGCAACCGGGGCAAGUCAAGCAAGUUAAAAUACCAACGCUGCAGACUCUGUCAGGCAAUCAGACUCUGACCACGACGCAAAAUGUUCAGGGUGCGUCGGUUGUUAUUCCUCAUAGCGGAAAUCAUGCUCAAUUUACGAGCGACGUAAGUACAGAGAAGGGUAACAUCAUCGGUGACUUGACUAUGACAAAAUCCGACACGGUGACUGGAGGAGUUACCGUUGAAUCCGCGACGAACACGAUCGUCGUGAACAAGAGCAAUUCCACGAUCGGUCUGAUACAGCGUAACUUAAACGAGCCGUCGGAAAAUCAACCGAUAUGCGGCGUGAUCACCAGCAAUCCUAAUUUAACUCUUCAAGGCGCCAGACUGUUCAACUCCACUAUACACAAACUGACGACGCCGGGGCUUAAGUCUGACAACGUAGUGUGUAUAACACCAACAGCUACGAUCGCCCAUAGCCCAGAAAAGAAGUCACCGCAAGAAAGUCAAAUGCAUAACGACAAACCUGUCUCCAUUCAAACGAGCGCAACGAUUGCUCUCGCUUUUGCCACUCAGUCCGAUGUUUCCUUGUUGAACGACGCUCAACAACAUCAGCAACAGCAACAGCAACAACAACAACAACAAAAGGAUAUGAAGGAAAUAUCGGCGGAAAUAAUCCCUGGUGCCAAGAUUAUCUCCCCGAAGACGGUCAAGAGAAAAAUCGACGACGCAAUGGGUAUGUCGGAGAACGUUCCGAAAACCUUGAUCACUUCCAACUCUGUCGUUUGUUCGAGCAAUGCCACGCCGUUACAGAGUAACGAAAAGAUUGACUCUAUGUCCACGAUAACGGUUGCGAGUAAACAGUCCGGUGGAAUCGACCACGCGACGCAGUUCCUGGUAACUGGUGGACCAAGUAGUUCGGAUAGUCAAGAAUCUGCUGUUCAGCAGUCCGCCGAUGGUAUCGAGGUAUCGUGCAAGAUUGGAAACGGCUUACUAUAUGGAAACGCGCGAUUGCAAGAAGCAUGGGAACCAGAGGGUAAAGUGUCGCCAGAUACACCUUGGCGAUACGUUCCUACAUCUGCGAAUUCUUUAAAUAUCGAACCCUUAAAUUCAAGAUACUCAGAUAAUUCAGAGAACGUUCAAAGCGUUCUGCAGAUCAUCAAUAAAGGUCAAGGUAUCGAGAUGGCGAGUGGACAGAUCUAUCAGACGAACACGAAAAAGUACUUUAUGAAUCAUACGUUAGAACCAUUCCAGCAAUACUCGAAUAAGAGCAACAUGAUGAAAACGCCGUUAAAUCCUAGAUUAGAUCGGGAAUUGUUGCAACAAAAGAUGGAGAGGAAAGCAGCCGCUAUAGAACGCGAGAUGAAGCUACAGAAAAGUUUAUCGGAGGAGUGCGAAGACUUGGGCGUGGAUGAACCGAGCACCAGCGACUUGUUCCCAGAGGCAGAUUUGUUGUUCGACACGAAUCAUUCGCCAUCUUUCGAUCAUUCUUCUCAGGACGCAUCCUGCAGCCAGCCGCUGGGUAUGAAAUCUUACGGUGGUUCCUACUUUCGUUCGUUAGAUUCGUCGAGCGGUAGCAGAGACGCCAGUCCCAUUGCCGAUUUUAAGCUGAACGAACGUAGAAAAAGUAGCAGCCAGCGAACCAGAUCCGCGAAAGAUUCCUUGAAGAAAUUGAAAAGAGACAAGAUCGAUGAUCUACAUUUAGAUAAUCCGUCGAAGCACAUACGGCUAACCUUGGAUAAUUUAAGUCAGGACGAAGCGUCGAACAGCAAUUCUGAUAUUUCGAGAUUAUCACCGACGAAUCUGGGCUCGUUGGAGAACGAUUCGUUGAAGGAUACGGGUCGGACAAAAAUGAUGUCAAGAAAUGGCUCGAAGGAAGGUUCGCCUAGCAGCGUAUCGAGCAUUCCGUCAAACAUGAAAUUGGAUAUCGACUUGGAUUCGGAAUCGCUACCCCCAAGCAUCAAUGUAAAUAAUACCUCGGCAGCAAGCUCGGGGGACGAAAGUUUAACCUUGCUGAGCGGUAACACCGCCGAUGUCACGAUACCUUCGCCACUCUCGCCGAUCGCUGGUCCCAUGCUAUCGACGCACAAGUAUACCUAUACCAAUAAGAAGCGAAUUCCGUCGAAGGUGACGAGAAUGGAUUACCUUUCUUGGGAGAGUCCGAUGUCCGAGAGAAUGAGAUCGAGCAGCGACGAAGAGGAUUCUAGUAUAAGCGAAUCGAUCAGCAGUCAACCAGAAGACAACGCCCUGAGCAACGGACUCGAGGAUAGUGUACAAAGCCUCAAGUCUCUGUCGAACGAGCGACGCUGCAAUUAUCUAAAAAAAAAGGAUAAGUUACAGGUGAAUUCAAGAGUAGUAUUAAAUCGAGCGGAUCAUAAGAGCAGUCUGUCGAAGCGUAAGGUGAACGAGUCGAUUCAAGAUUCGGUCAUGGUUUCCAGCGAUAAGACCUCUGAGCCCUCGGACGACGAAACGAGCAAUAUCGCAUUGGUCGAGCCGGACUGUCGAGCUAGACGGUCGAGUUUACGUGGACACGUUAAAAAGGGAUGUGCCUGUUGCAACGGAUCGCCGGAAAGACCCAAAAAGAAAUCGGUCAAGCCCGAACAUUCGAGAUUAAAGAAGCGACUACCCUCGAAACAGGCUGGAAAGAAAAGGUAGUCCUAGCGUUCGAACGCUCGACGGAGCAUCGCGUGUUCAAUCCUAAUGGUAUAUGCUCGUGCCUGGCGACACGUGUCCAGUGACAAAGGAGCUUCCAAAUGUACGGGCGUCGUACUCGUACUUCUCGCUACGAGAACGACACAGAACCUAUAACUGACAGCCGGAAAGCGCAUGGCCGGAAACCACGUCGCGUAUAUAAUUCGCUCGGAUCGGAUGACGAGAUACACAAAUCACGAACUUGUAUAUAAUAUAUUAGCGAAUACGGGAGUUGUUAGAGACAAACUUUUACUCAUACACCGAUAACUCGGAGUGCGUCAGUUCUCGAUACAGCGUAAUCACUGAUCCCGUUUCACUAAUGAGAGAGGAAAGGAAGGAGAGAAUAAAUAGAAAGAGCGAAAUAGAGAGAGAGAGAGAGAGAGAGAGAGAAAGAGAGAGAGGUAACAAGCAAACAGUUUAUUAGCGAUUCUCGAGGUAUAGGGCAUCCUCUUACCACUAGAUGUUAUUAUGAUAACUAGAUGUAAGAUGCAAAUUAUAAUGAAUGGCAGACUUAAGGUAAAUCGUUAAGGAUAUUAGAGACGCAAUCUAGUCAAAAGAUAAAGGAAUUCGUGGCGAGAAGUAGGCGUGCUCGAGAAAGCGAGAAUGAGCGAAAUAGUGUGAGCGCGAGAAAGAAAAACAUAAAUUAAAAGAGUAGCGGAGGAAAACACGAGUAAGAGGAGAGAGAGAGAGAGAGAGAGAGCGAACGAGAGAGAGAGAGAGAGAGAAAUAAGCGUAUCCGACUGUCGAUAGAUCCCUCGCAGACUAAAGAAUUUAUAAUUAAAAGCCUGAAUUUAUAACUCUGUCUACUGUAUCUAUCAUGACGAUACUAUUCCACGUUCUUCUACAUGGUGUGGUCAGACUGAAUAGACGAAUUAAUCUAUAGAUCUCGGUAAAUUAAUGUAGUAAAACAUUGCAUUUUGAACUUUUUGCCUUUCCGCGUAAUGCUUCUCGAUAACUUAGAACCUUCACUUUAUAAUCGAGAUGAUUCUUGUAAAUUGUAGUGUCAUACCUUCAUGCAAGGGAAUAGUGGCGAAAUGGUUAAAUGGAUGAAUAAUAAUAAUAAAAAACGAGAAAAACCAAAUAAAAGGUGAACGUAUUUAAGAGAAGGUAUCGAGAAGGAGAGAUGAUAGAGAAAAGAGACGAGAAAAUAUAUAUAACUAAGAAGAGUAACUAACCAUGCGUGUCGUACAGGCCGACCAUACCUUGUCACGGUGCAUGUAAAAAGUAUCCAAAACACUGUACAUUACGUAGAUAAUUCAUUAAAAGUAUAGUAUUAUAUCGCUGCACUUUAGUACAAAAUCGCUUCACCUUGUUUCAGAAUGACAAGUUUAUAUCAUCUUUCAGUGUGCUGUCGUGACGCGUGAAUGCCUGCAACAUAUUAUAAAACUAUAAACAAAGAUAACACUUGUAAAGGUUGUGUAAUUAAGCUACGAAACACUGAUUAAUUUCCGUACGUUUCUUUCGCGCCUUCCUCAUAGCGUGAUUGGAGGUUUGUCCGCGUAAAGGCUAAUAAAACUCGUUAAUCGAGGCGUUUAAUUGUAUUAUCUCUGGCGCAAAAACUACAAGUUAAGGAUGUUGAAAAGUAAUGUUCCUGUGAAUAGUCUCCUUUCGUGAUACGAACCAAAGUGAUUCCGUUUAGAAGCAAAAGAUGGAAGAAAAUAAAUGAUAAACAGAAAUAACCCUAAAGAAGAAAGAAAAAGAUAAAAUGAGAGAGAAAUGAAGUACGAGAUAUAUAAGCGUAUUAAAUUUAUUAUCUUUCUUAUAAUCUCAUGUAAAUUGUUACAUUAGUUGCUUCGAUCGUAAGAUAAAAGUAUCUUCUUCGUUUUUCCAUUCUGUCAACGAUUAGUAAAACUCUACCUCGUGCACGCGUCGAUCAUUUUUCAUAAUUCUCAUCAUGUUUUUAAGCAAUUUCUAUACAAUUCGCCCGCUGUAACUUGAACGAUUUUAAACAAUAUCUUUCACUUUGAAUCGCAUGAAUAAGUGGGUGGAGGUGGAGGUGGGGGUAAUAUAGACAAUCUGUAAUUGCUGCUCCGAACAUUUCAAUUUCUAUCGGAAAAUAAUUUAUGUUUAAACAAUGUCGUAUCAUUAGCAAUAACAGAAUGCGUACAAAAUCCAGAUCUAAGACCCGGUGUCUCAGCCAUUAACGAUAUGUUCCACCAGACGCCCUAUGAAUUCAACCGCUUCUCUGAGUUUAGUUGUCUAUCUUAUUCCAUUUUGAUCGCCCAACACCUUCUUGUAAAUAAUGUACAUUUCAUACUUUCCGAAUCCCUUUUCGAUCGUUCAACGAAUAAUCCCACAACAAGUUUCAGCGUAAUCCGACGAGUUUUCAGCGGGCCGAGCCAAGGAAAACAAAUGUCAAGUUAAUGUUAUCGUCUAAACGUAAGCUCUUAUCUUCCUAUAAAGCUAAAGCGACGUAAGGGAAAAGGAAAGACACGAAGGGAAGGAAUGGAAAUGAAAUUACGGAAAGAAUCGGGCGUACGGACAACAAAUAAUAGACACGGACAGAUGGAGACGUUGAGAAGAUGCAUCUUUGUGAGUGUAAAUUUUGGAAAAACGUCACACCAAAAUAAUACGUAUUUUUUGAUGGGAUGGAAGAAAAACACAUUACAUGUAGCUUAUACGUUAAAGCAGAACAAGCGAGAAACAGACAGAAUGAAUGUGCAUGUACGUAUGAGUGAAUGAAUGGAAGAGAAAAAACGAGGAAGAAAAUACGAUUGUCAGUGAUAGCCUGGCCUUUUUCGCCACCUUUAGUCGUACCAAUCGCAUUUAUAAUAGAGGGGUAACUGUAGUCUUCGUAAAAAGAACUCAUGAAUGGACUUAAGUAAAAAUAAAAAAAAACGAAAAACUAGAAGAAACACUUAAGGAUAAGCAAAGUUUUCCAGAGCCGAGAGCUUUUCAGGUACUUAAAAAAAAAAAAAAAAAGAAAAAAAGGAAAAAGAAGAAGAAAGAAGGGCAAAAAAGCAAACGAACAAGAAGGAAGAAAGAAGAGUUAUAGUAAAAUGACAGAAGAGAGGAAACUAAAUGUAGAAAGAAACAAAACCGCUUUACACUGGCCGUUAAGUGAUUAACUUAAGAGUUUUUGUAUCGUACGUUUAUUAAGACUACUGUUUUUUCUCACUCGAACCACCCCUUACUACCAGUAUUCGAAAGGACGAUGUUUGCCGCGUCACUUUGAUAUCUGUAAACAGCAAUGUGAGAAAAUAAUGUAGGGAAAAGAGAAGAAGCAUUAUAAAAAAAAAAAAAAUAAGGAAAAAAUAAAUAAGUAACAGAUAAUUCUAGAGAGUGGAAGUGGAAGAGAAAUGAGCGAAAGAGCCAAAAAGGGAGAGAGGCAGAGAGAAUACGUAUAAACGAAACGGCCGUGCACUGCAAAACGUACAUUGAUUAAACUACGUAUUGUCGUUUAGCACAAAUCAGUUGAAAAUCGAGAGAUUAAGUAAUUACAAAACGACGAAACGAAACCGAUGAGAGACGGGAAGCCAGAUAAACCGAGGACGAAGUUGUUAAAAAAAAAAAAGAGAAAAAUCAGAAAAAAAAAAGGAAAAAAGAAAAGUAAUAGACACCAGUACAGUCAUGUCCGAAAUAUAAAGUAAAAAAGGGAAAAAAAAGAAAAAGAAAAAAGAAGAGAAUAGAAGAAAGAGAAACGUGUAAGAUCGGCUUCUCUGUAUAUACGUUUAAAAGAAUGCAGUAAAGGAAAAGCACGAAUGAAGGGAACAUUUCUUUUCUAGACAUUACCAUUAUACAUAUGUACUGUAAUUAUAUAAAACAUUAAUAAUACAUAUUUUCGAGAUACACGACCAGUCGGAAAAAGUUUGUUCGGUGAAGGCUACGGUUCGAUCUAACGCAUCAUUAUAUUUAACGUAGAAUCGAUAUUUACAUGUGAAUACACUUGCACCAGCAUUUAUAUGUAAAUAUUUGACUAGCGUUAAGUGAACAAAAUCAUGCAUAAACUUGCAAUCUUCGUAGUUCUCUCCAUGCGAUACAUAUUAUUCCUUUGUGACUUCGAUAAAUGCUAAAGGCCUCGUUAUUUUCACACAUUUUGACAAACGCAAGUUUCGGACUGAAAAUAUUGAAUUUAUAUUUUUAAGGUCGUUCUACUGUAAUAAAUGCGUACAAAAAAAAAAAAAAAAGAAAAAAGCAGCGGUGCACUACAACGCUAACAAUUGAAACUGAAAGGUCUUUAUAGAAAAUUACGUGAUCUCAUGCAGUAUUUUGUAGGUACUUCUGAUUUUGCUGUUCGCUUAAUUUGUUAAAACGGAAAAUUUAUUUUCAUAUUACCGGCACAUCUCUUUGCGACACUGAUACUACCAAGUCAUUAAUAUUCUAUGAACGAGUUUGGUCGUAGCAAUGUUUCUUGUUUUUAAAGCUGAUUGAAUCACGUAUGAUUGAGAGUCUGGUCGUAAAGAGGUGAGAGAGUAAAUUAUUAAAUUUAUAAAUAUUGGAUGAUGAUAAAUAUUGAAACACUUGAAUAGUCGUCAUAUACGUCUGAAUGGACAACCAAAUUAUGACUAUACUAAUGAGUACGAACCCUUAAAAAUUAAAAUUUGAAUUGAUUCUACGUAUAUAUUAUAUACAUCUAUUAAAAUUCUAUUUUUGAUAUAUUUUAGAUUUGUUUAACUGAACUGUUAAUAUCGGCAAUCAGAUUUCUCUUCAAAUUUAUUUUUUUCUUUUCUUCCUUUUAAUAGUUGCGAAAUAAUAAAUGUAAAUUAAACAAAAAUUAUAUCGAAUUACCAACAAUUAGAUAUCUGAAUAUCUGAAUGAUAACAAUCCUGAAGAACAUCGCACAUAGAUGAAACAUUAAAAAUAAAGAACAAAAAAAAAGGAGUUAAUUACAUUUACGGUUGCUAAAGGUUACCAUCAAAUAUUUUUCAUGUUCAAAUGUAUCAAGAAAUGUAAAAUCAGAAAAAAAUGAGUAAGGAUCAAUCAAUAUAAUUGCUCGAUCUUGUUGACUUUUGUCAGGUAAUAAUGAGAGAAGAACGAAAAAUACUCCGUGGAUAUGACUGUACAGCGUAUUAACUUGUCCGGAGGUACAUAUAUCGAGAAUCCUUUUUCAAAUCGAAGUAUUAAGGAUUGCAUAUUGUACAUAAACAAGACAUAUUUUCUAUAUAAAGGACGUCGCUCGGUAAGGCCGAUGGCUCGAAAAAUAUUGCAAUAUUACGAUAAUUCUUUUAAGCGGUAGGAUAGCCUUUAAUCGUUUUAUGUAAUGUAAUGAUAGAAGAGGGUCUGGCAGAAUAAAAGUGAAAGUUCUGUAUUUAAAAA